GUCGCUGCUGUGGAUUACAGUGGAGAGAGGACGGCUCUAACCUAUGCCGAAGCGUGCCUGUGGGUCCUCAGUCUUCAGCUCCGUGACGACCGUUCCCAGCUCUCUCUAACACUGAUACAGCAUGUUCGCCUCUAUCUGGUACGCCAAGAAGCUCGGGAGAAGGCUAGUGAACAAUGCCAGGAAAGCUAAACUGCUAAAGGCAAGUCCUGCCCCCAUAAUUGUCAAUGCAGAUACACUGGACUCUGUACCAUAUGUCAAUGGGACAGAAAUCGAAUACGAAUUUGAAGAAAUUACCCUGGAACGGGGUAAUUCAGGUCUGGGGUUCAGCAUCGCCGGGGGGAUGGAUAACCCCCACAUUGGGGACGAUCCCGGGAUCUUCAUCACCAAGAUCAUCCCGGGAGGGGCUGCUGCUGAGGACGGCCGGCUCAGGGUGAACGACUGCAUCCUGCGGGUGAACGAGGUGGACGUGUCGGAGGUGUCUCACAGCCGGGCCGUGGAGGCCCUGAAGGUGGCGGGCUCCAUCGUGCAGCUGUACGUCCGCCGCAGGAGGCCUGUGCUGGAGACCGUCACCGAGAUCAAGCUCAUCAAAGGGCCCAAAGGGCUGGGGUUCAGCAUCGCCGGCGGAGUGGGCAACCAGCACAUCCCGGGAGACAACAGCAUCUACGUCACCAAAAUAAUCGACGGGGGCGCAGCGCAGAAGGACGGCAGGCUGCAGGUCGGAGACAGGCUGCUCAUGGUGAACCACUACACGUUGGAAGAAGUUUCUCACGAAGAAGCGGUAGCCAUAUUGAAAAAUACAUCUGAUGUAGUUUAUCUGAAGGUGGGCAAGCCCACCAAUGUUUACUUGAGCGACCCCUAUGGGCCUCCUGAUAUCACACACUCAUUCUCUCCAGUUCUAGAUAAGCAUAUCUCUUCCCUCGGCACUGAAUCUUUGGAUUACAAGACUGGUCUUCCCCCUAUCUCUCCUGGAAGGUACUCGCCCCUUCCCAAACAUAUGCUGGGGGAAGAGGACGUUAACCGCUUGGAGGGUUUUUCAUUCUUACGAAACACCUCAUUGGACGAAGGGGAGGGGCACCGGUUUGAUUCGCAGCACUUCCAGUUAAGGCCACCAGAGCCCGUUUACAGCACUGUGAACAAACUGUGUGACCGAGCCCCCUCCCCCCGCCACUACUCCCCCCUCGAGUGUGACAAAAGCUUCCUGCACCCUGUCCCCUUCCCCCACUUCCACCUAGGCCUGCAUCCUGAUACUGAGCUCACCAGGGAGCCGCGGAAGAUGGUCCUGCACAAGGGCUCCACUGGCCUGGGCUUCAACAUCGUGGGCGGGGAGGACGGCGAGGGCAUCUUCGUCUCCUUCAUCCUGGCGGGGGGGCCCGCUGACCUGAGCGGGGAGCUGAGGAGAGGCGACCAGAUCCUGUCUGUAAACGGCAUCGACCUGCGGGGUGCUACACAUGAGCAGGCUGCCGCCGCCCUCAAAGGAGCGGGCCAGACCGUGAGCAUCUUCGCCCAGUACCGCCCGGAAGAGUACGGGCGCUUCGAGGCCAAGAUCCAUGACCUGAGGGAGCAAAUGAUGAACCAAAGCCUGAGCUCUGGCUGCGGCUCCCUGCGGACCAAUCAGAAGCGCUCGCUCUAUGUCAGGGCGCUGUUUGAGUACGAGCGGGCCAAGGACAGCGGCCUCCCCAGCCAGGGGCUGAGCUUCAGGUACGGAGACAUCCUGCACGUCAUCAACGCCUCGGACGACGAGUGGUGGCAGGCCCGCAUGGUGACCCCCGAUGGGGACAGCGAGGAGAUGGGCGUGGUCCCCAGCAAGCGCAGAGUGGAGAGGAAGGAGCGAGCACGUCUAAAAACGGUCAAGUUCAACGCUAAACUGGGAACGCUCGAUUCCAAGGGGGACAUCCCUGGAUUAAGCGAUGAAGAUUUUGGGGCAAAGAUACUGAGGGGGCCAGAGGACCUGGUUCUAUCCUAUGAGCCUGUCAUACGACUAGAGAUAAACUACACCAGACCUGUGAUCAUUCUGGGACCCAUGAAGGACAGAAUUAACGAUGACCUAAUAUCAGAAUUCCCAGACAAGUUUGGGUCGUGCGUGCCACACACCACCAGGCCCAGGCGGGAGUACGAGAUGGACGGGAGGGACUACCACUUCGUGUGCUCCAGGGAGCAGAUGGAGAGGGACAUUCAGGAGCACAAGUUCAUCGAGGCGGGGCAGUACAAUGACAACCUGUACGGGACCAGCGUGCAGUCUGUCAAAUACGUGGCCGAGCGGGGAAAGCAUUGCAUAUUGGAUGUGUCGGGUAACGCCAUCAAACGAUUACAAGUAGCACAACUCUACCCCAUUGCCAUUUUCAUCAAGCCCAGAUCCAUCGAAUCGCUCAUGGACAUGAAUAAGAGACUCACCGAGGACCAGGCUAAGAAGACAUACGACCGGGCGAUGAAAUUGGAGCUGGAGUUUGGAGAGUACUUCACAGCUGUGGUGCAGGGAGAUUCUCUAGAGGACAUUAAUACCCAGUGUAAGCUGGUGAUAGAGGAGCAGUCAGGCCCUUACAUCUGGAUCUCAUCGAAGGAGAAACUAUAAGAAGAACACAUCCAAAUUACUGUAUGUAACACACAUCCUUUACCCUCAAGACAUGUUGGGACUGCAACGUAGGAAUAAUUUGUAACAUAUGCACAUUAUUAUUAUUAUUAUUAUUAUUAUUAUUAUUAUUAUUAUUAUGAUUGCAGAACAGACUCACACAGUUUCUUCUUUUUUUUAUAUGAUUGUUCAUGAAUGUACACCACAAAGUGUUAGUAACCAUCUGGCCUCAGAAUGAAGAAUUCCUUUCUAUUUUAUUUCAAAUUUUUGUAUUGUUUAAUGAAAAAGGAGUCAUUAUGUCAAUUUGAGACCUGCAUUCACAAUGCUUGAAAAUGACAUCAAAUAAGAUCAAACAGUUGACCAAUGAUUCUCCUUACCCAAACAAAAAACAAAUAUCAAUUUAUUUAUUUCGUUAUUUAUUUUUCCCAAUAUGCAUUAGUGUUUGAAUUCAUAACUUUGUAAUUUAUACACAUACUUCAGCACUGGACAUUUGUUUUGUUUUGCUUUGUUUUAUUUUCUUAUUUUAUUUUGUCAGUAAGAUGUAUUUAAACAUGUUUUUAUGAUGAUUGAGUUAAAACAGUACAUUUUAGUGUAUUAUUAAAGUUACAUAGAGGAUAUGUAAUGGAUGUGCCACUGGGUAAAGAAAUCUGAUACUAUAUUUUGCUAUUUCUAUUCAUAGGGAGCACAAUGGCACAGACAAUAUUUGUAAUGAUGACAUAACUUUUUAAACAAAUGAAAUUUAAAGGGCAAAUUUGCUUAAAGCAGUGUGCAAUUGUAGAUUUAGACAAAAAUCGAUAGAAACACAAUGUGCUUCGUCCUUACAAAAUGGCAAUAACAGCAUUAAACUACUGUUACUUUUUUCUUUACUCAAACGUCAUUUGUUCAUUCCACCAAUUUGCUUUAUAAUGAAAUUGAAAUUGCCUCUGUUAAGGACAAAGUGCAUUGCAGUUAGAUUGAGGGCUAACCUUAGUGUUAACUGAUUUUUUUUAAAGAGGCUAAGCGCGUGAGAGAUCCAGGCGGUCUGGUAUUUGGGGACGUUUCUGCGUAGCGGUGCACGGUGGUGACCAAUACUGUACGUUUAUCUUCAUUCUGGAGCAUGAAACAUGCAAUUACAUUUUCCCACUGAAGUUAGCUAAUGAUCUUGAAGGUGAUGUGAUCUCAAUGUAAAUCCCUCCUGGGGAUAUAUAGUUUGAUUUAACUUUUCUUUUUCUUGAAAACUCUUCCAAAUGGCUCAGAAGUAUACGGUCAUUCCUUAAAAAAUCAAGGUGUAAGGGGGUGACCACUCAGAUUUUGCUCAAACUUUGUAUAAAUGCUCUUUAUGUAUUCAACAGAGAAUGUGUAAAACAUUAGCCUCAUUGGAUGUGUUGUUCUAGAGAUAUUGACAAUAUCUUAAACAAAGGGCUCCAAAAAAGUCACUCAUGAGUGGAAAUUGCAGUUUGUGUCGAUUUUGGAGCAUCAUAUCUUUGGCAUUAAAGCAGGGAAAACAUUAAAACGUGUACUCUGAAACAAUUUUCUGUCUACUUUCCAAUUAUAAACUCAUGAUAAACUGAAUAAUAAUAAUCUGAAAAUUGUGCCAGAGAAUGAGUACAGUCUUUGUUUUUCCCUGCAUUAAUGAAUCAAAAGAGUCAAUAGCUCUAGAACAACAAACCCAAUGAGGCUAAUGUUUUGCAUGUUCUCUAUUGAAUACAUAAAGAACAUUUAUUCAAAGUUUGAGCAAAAUUGGAGUGGUCACCCCCAAAGCUUUUUCUGUGUCUUUUGUGCAUUUUGUGAUUUUUCACUGAAUGACCCUAUAAGGAUCAAGUGGCGCUGUGAUCUAGGGACAGUAUCACUGCACUUUUGUUAAAAGUGUUUACAAAAAAAGUGCUAAUGUUUACCUCAAACAACACUGAAGGUGCGUGGUUCCAUAGGCGUAGCAGGAAGCGGCAGUCCAAGACGCGGUCAGCCUGGUGUUGUCAGCUACUGAAGUUGUAAAUGUACAGAGAACCUUAUUUAUUAUUCCCUUUUUAAUUGUAUAUGUAUAGUUUAUAUGUGAAAUUCAUUUGUCAAUUGAUGUAAACAGGCAUAUAUAAAGUAUAUGAUAUAUUUAUUUAUUGCUUAGUAUGUAUAGUAUAGACAUGUAUGUAUGUAUAUAUGUAUGUAUGUAUGUGUGUGUGCAUGUGUGUGAGAGAGAGAGAGAGAGAGAGAGAGAGAGAGAGAGAGAGAGAACCAAUGAGAGUGUGUGUGUGUGUGUGUGUGUGCAUAUGUGUGUAUGUCAUGAACCCUUUUCCAUGUUUGACUCUCAUUGGUUACUAACACAACUACUGAAUGCCUACAUGUUCAAACUUCUGCCACUGAAUAAACAUACAAUGUUGAGAUGGUGAAGCUGUAGAUUGUUGCUGUCUUUUAGAUCCAGUCCAUUCCGUCUGUGUCACGGUCUGAUUAUUUGGAUUUACAUGCAGUUCUGGUGUCCCAUUAAUACACAUUCACUGAGAAUUACAAUGUUAUCAAAAUGAUUGUAUCCUCUGACAUAUUGGUCACCACUUGCCUUAAGGAAGGAGAUGGUUUUCCAGACUUUAAAUGAAAGUGAAUUUUUAAACAGCUGCUUUUUAAUGGACAUUACAGGGCCAACAUUAAAUGUAUAUCUGCACAGAAACGUAUUAUCGGAGUUGAUUUUACUUGAUUUUACCUGGACACCUGGAGUGGUGUGUCAUGCCAGACUGAAGAAAGUAUUCUUCAGCUUGAGUUUUUCUUUUUGAAAUAGAUGUUUAUGAUGUAAAAGGUUGUGUAUACAUCUAUCUUGGCAUGCCUCUCUCCUUUGGAGAUUUCUCAGUCGCUGUGGUGCAAUCAUAAAUCAUGUUUGAUCACUUUUUCUUUCUCAUUUGUAUUUUUUUUUCUUUUAUAAAAGCUGUACUUGUUUUAACCCCUGCUGAUCUGUUCCCUCUGUUUCCCUGACACUGCUUGGCAGAAUUAAGCCAUUAUGAUAUUCAAUAUGUAAGACUGCCGCCAUUCCCCUUUCUCCAAUUUGACGAGUGUAUCAACGCAUUUAGCAUCAGUCAUCCAAUAGAUAAAUCGCACAUCGACGAAAACUGCGCCCUUUGUGAAAGAACUGCCACUGAGCGCGUCACACAGGAAGUGAAGACUGACUGGCAUCAAAAACGAACAAAACGGCUAAACCACUGGCAAAGAGGAAACCGUGAGAACUUGAUGAACUCCACUGUAUUCAACAUUCAUCUGAGAAUGUAAAUUAAAGGUUUGGUGGGACUUUAAA